GCGACGCGCUGACGUCACCGGCGGCGGCGUGGCCGGAGCGGGGGGUUGGAGGCGCCCAUUUUGAGUGGUUUUGCGGCCCGGCCCGUCCAGCAAGAAAGGAUAUGCCUCUUCAACUAGUAAAGGUCAUCAAUGGGAUGCCUGAAGUUCAGUUACCAAGCCACUUGCAAAAAAUAGUUUUGAAAAAUCUACAACUCGAUUAUGAUUACGCCAGCAAAUAUGUCCAGGGGACAGUUUUGCAUAGCUACUCUUUAACCUAUCUCGGAAACGGAAAAGCCUUUUUGAAGAUUGUACUACAAGAGAAAGAAAAGUCACAUCAAGAGAUCAACACCAUCAAUAUAUUAUUCUUUGGAAAGUUGGCAGAGCAUUGUGCCAAAGCUGUUUGUCAAGGGGAUGUUCUUGUGGUGACUGGAUUUGAUUUGGCUGAAUCCUCCUCCACAAGCAAAGAUGACAGACACAGUCUUCACUUGGAAGUAUCUGAAGAUAUUGGAUCAGUUGUUUAUGUUUAUAUUAAAUCGGGGAUUGAUACUCCGCCAGAAGCUACAUCUUUGGCAGUGGCGCCCAAAUAUACAUACACACCUCUUAAUCAACUUAAAGGUGGAACAGUAGUCAACAUCUAUGGAAUUGUGAAGUUUUUCAAGCCCCCAUAUCGAAGCAAAGGAACUGAUUACUGCUCAGUGGUAACCGUUGUGGACCAGUCAAACGUCAAGUUAACUUGUAUGCUUUUUAGUGGAAAUCUAGAAACGCUUCCAAUAAUCUACAAGACUGGAGAUAUUGUUCGAUUUCACAGAAUAAAGAUUCAAGAAUACAACCAUGAGAUUCAGGGUGUUACCAGCGCAGGCUUUGCAGCCAUAACAUUUGAGGGAACUUUGGGAACCUCCAUCAAACCUCGCACUUCCAGCAAAACGUACAGGUUCACCCUCGAGGAUGAGAAGACUGUGGAAGCACUCCGUAUCUGGGCAGCCAAUCAUCUUUCCCCUCCCGGUCCAAUGGUCACGCUGUCCCAUGUCCAGCCUUUGCAGUUUUUCGACCUAACGUGUCAGCUGGUGGGGAAGGCAGAAGUGGAUGGAUCUUCGAUUCUCCUCAAGGUAUGGGAUGGCACCAAGGCUCCAUAUCCAGCUUGGAAGGGCUCUAUUGAAGAUCAUGCCCUUGAAGGUGAUGCAGUUCUUCUCCGUCAACUGAAAAAUCUAACAGUAGACAUUCUAGUUUAUGACAACCAUGUUCCUGUGGCAAAAUCCUUGAAGGUUGGAAGUUUUCUCCGCAUUUAUAGUCUUCAUGCAAAAAUCCAUCAAGUCAAUUCUGAGAAUGAGGCAAAUAGUUCCUACCUAGAAUUUCACCUACACGGGGGCACCUGCUACGGACGAGGAAUCAGAGUCCUGCCAGAAAGUAACUCUGAUGUCAAAGAGAUGCAAAAAUGUAUGGAAUCUUUGGAUUUGACAGCAUACCAGUGUUUGAAUAGCAUUCCGCCAGUAGAACCUGAUGAUAGCUUAAGCAAUUUUUCAAGCCAAGGAAUAGUAUCACCGAAUGAUAUGGAAAGAUGUCAACAGCUGUCUGCCACAGUCCUAACAGCUCACCAGCAUUUGGAGACAACGUCAUUAAGUAUGAUUUUGAAAAAUGAAGCUCCUCACCAGUAUCGCAUCAGAGCCAAAAUGAGAACUUUUAAACCCCAGAAGCUCUAUCAGUCCGUUAAACUGUACUGCCCAAAAUGCCACUCAUUGCAAGAAGUCCCUGAUGAGAGUGACUUUGAUUUAAUUUUGCGAGAGAGUGCUGCAAAGAGUCCAAAUUCCAAACUACAAAAUACAUCAUUGUAUGAUUCAGACAUGUGGAAUACCAAAAAUGGAGAAAGAAAAAUAGUAAUUCAUUUUGUAAAAAAUAAUGGAAUUCUCCAAAAUCCCGAAGACAGCUUGAUUUUGAUUGAAGGAGGAACGCUGAAUGAAAUCUGCAAACUCUCCAGGAAAUUUCAAAGCAUUAUUCCUGUGACAUCUGAUGAGGAAGACCUCCUGCUCCUAGACCUUGAAGCACCAUUCCUAAUCCAAGGAAAAACAUGGCACUAUGGGUGCAAGCUGUGCUCUAAUCUAAAGACUAUACAGAAUCUGAAUUCACUUGCUGAAGAAGCAGCAUGGGUGCCUGCUGCAGUGGCCCAAGUUUUGGGUAUUGAACCACUCCUGUAUGUCUUUGUUAUGAAGUUUAUUCUUGAUGAUGGAACAGGAAUGCUGGAAACUUAUCUGAUGGACUCUGAAAACUUCUUUCAGAUUCCUGCAUCAGAGAUUCUGUCCAGUAAUGACCUUCAGAAAAAUCUGGAAAUGAUCAUGAGUAUGCUUUGUCCACCAGGAAAAAAAAUAGAUGCGCACCCUUGGCUGGAGUGCUUCAUCAAAUCUUAUAAUGUCAGAAAUGGAAAGGAAGAGCAAGUUUGCUAUCAAAUCUUUGACACUGUAGUUGCAGAAGACUUUAUCUAGUGUUACAGUUGGCAGGAUUUCCAAAGUGGUAAAUCUAUAACAGCAUCUGAUUUUGUUUUCUUGGGAAAAUAUAACUGUUUCAUCAUAUAUGUAUGUACAUAUAUAUACUGUUAAUGUAUUGUAAAAUAUUUAUCCAGAUGGAUUUUAUUAUUAAAAGAAUUUUGUCUUGAUAGUUACAUUCCCCAUCUGAGUUUCAACUGAUUGAUUUAAUAUCAGUUCCUAAAGGUGCUUUGAUGUUUUACCAUCUUGCCUCUUAGGUCGCUCAGUUAGUGAGUCAGUAGAAAUUGAUUUAUCCCUCAAGCUACCCAAUUAUACUGCCAGAAUCAAUGAUACUUUUGAGGCAUCUGAGAAGGACAUGCAGUGUGUUUGGAUGUUUAUUCUUCAGUAAAAUGUUUUUAGUAGCAAAGUCUGAAAAAAAUAUCAGCAUUACAAUUCAAUUUCUUUUGGUUUUGUAGUAUUUCCAUUUAUCAAGCAUCAGUUUUCUUCCUUUCUUAAGGAGCAGUGGCCAACGAGGCUAGGGUUCAUUUACUGCCUUAAGUUUCGUGUCAGCGAUGCAGAUGAUAUUCACCCAAUUAUUGGAUUAGAAGAGGUUAGUUAACCAGGGUAUUGGACUGACAUGUCGCAGCUUAGAAACUGCUGUUUUGUUUGUACAGGAUAGGCUGUUUAAAGCCACCCUACUUUACAUGAACCAGAUAGUUCUUGUAGUUAGUGUUUUGUCAACCAGUCAAGCUGACAGAGGUACACUAGGGAAAGAUCUUUAUUGUUUCUUCCCAUGGACUGAUUUUGCACAUUUAAAGGUCAAUCCACAGAUUAUUCAUGUCUGAACUGCGUGACAUUGUCCGCUUUUUAUCAGAUGAGAUUUGUGUUGUCAUAAAAAAUGUUUACUAAAGGGGUAGAUUUCCCAUUGUAGCUCUCAGUUCUCAUCUGCUGUUCUUUUCUCUAUCCUUUCAUAAGACAAAUAAAAUUAGUAGUAACAA